AUUGAGUUCCUAUAUCAAGGGUCUACUGUAUUUCAUUUCCCUUAGGGUUUUGUGUCUCCCUUUGGAUUAACAAUUUUAAUUUUUGUUUCCAUUUUUAUGUUUUCUUUUUUUGAGACGGUCUGACUAUGUAGCCCAUGCUGGCUUGAAACUUGUGAUCGUCAGGCCUCUCAAGUUCUGGGAUUAGAGGCCUAUGUCACCAUGCAUGGCUCAAGGAUGUUUUAGUUUUAAGUGAAGAAAAAAAGACAAAUGAACUUCGUGAAAAUGGAAGUGUAAUGAUCAACAAAAUAAGCCCAGGGAUAGAGCUGACCUUAGCCGUCCUGUGACCAUUUAUGGUCCAGGGAAUGAAAUGCACAAAGUCCACAUCUCAUUUUCUUUUUGCUCUGUUGGCAGAGAUGACUAACAGGGAACAGAGUAACUCAUGCAAAAUUCCAGGGCUUGGUUGAGGAAAAAGGUUUGGGUCCCAGGUCGCCCACUGUGAUCUGGGAGAAAAAGGACCAAGUGAUAGUGUUCUUUGGCAGGUGGGGAUCAUUUCAUGUUGGACAAUAUGGAAGCGGGGCUAGAGAAGGGCAGGCUACCUCUGACUGGUUCCAGGAAGAACUAAUCCAUCGUGUUCCCUGGUGAUGGAAGACCUAGUGACUCCCUUGCUUCCUCAUUGACAUCUCACCAUUCUAAGGAUAGACUAAGGUUUCCAGCUCUUAUGUAAAGUGGAUGUUUCCCACACUUGAUCCUGAACAUCAAGUAGAUCAUCUGUUUAGUAAAAUCUAAGCUGCCAUGGAGGAAAUAGCAGUAAAAGUUGCUGUAAGAGUUAGACCUCUGCUUUGCAAAGAAGUUCUUCAUAAUCAUCAAGUCUGUGUGAGAGUUAUUCCAAACACCCAGCAAAUUAUCAUUGGAAGAGAUAGAGUCUUUACUUUUGAUUUUGUUUUUGGCAAAAGUUCUACUCAAGAUGAAGUUUAUAAUAUGUGUAUAAAGCCCCUGGUACUGUCACUCAUUGAGGGCUAUAAUGCAACUGUUUUUGCCUAUGGACAAACCGGAUCUGGGAAGACAUACACCAUUGGAGGAGGCCACGUUGCUACAAUUGUGGAGGGUCAAAAGGGUAUCAUUCCUCGAGCGAUCCAAGAAAUAUUUCAGAGCAUCUCUGAAAAUCCUACCAGUGACUUUAAUGUAAAAGUAUCCUAUAUAGAAGUAUACAAGGAAGACCUCAGAGACCUGCUAGAAUUGGAGACCUCCAUGAAGGAUCUGCACAUCCGAGAAGAUGAAAAAGGAAACACAGUGAUUGUUGGGGCCAAGGAGUGCCGUGUGGAAAGCGUGGACGAAGUGCUGAGUCUCCUGGAGAUGGGAAACGCCGCCCGGCACACAGGCACCACCCAGAUGAACGAGCACUCCAGCAGGUCCCAUGCGAUUUUCACCAUCAGCGUCUGUCAAGUGGAAAGAAAUCCGGGGGCAGGGGAAGGUGGAUCAUGGUAUGCCCAUCGGCGUAUCGUCUCCAAGUUCCACUUUGUGGAUUUGGCUGGGUCAGAAAGAGUAACCAAAACAGGAAAUACUGGUGAACGGUUCAAAGAAUCCAUUCAAAUCAACAGUGGAUUGCUGGCUUUAGGAAAUGUGAUCAGUGCCCUUGGGGACCCACGCAAGAAGAGUUCACACGUCCCGUACAGGGAUGCUAAAAUUACCCGGCUCCUGAAGGACUCCCUGGGAGGCAGUGCCAAGACCGUCAUGAUCACCUGUGUCAGCCCAUCCUCCUCAGACUUUGAUGAGUCCUUAAAUUCUCUCAAAUAUGCCAACAGAGCACGGAACAUUCGAAACAAGCCCACUUUGAACUUUAGCCCUGAGUCAGGCCGUAUGGAUGAAAUGGAAUUUGAGAUUAAGUUGCUUCGAGAGGCUUUGCAAAGCCAGCAGACUGGUGUCAGUCACACUAGCCAGAUCCCUCCAGAGGCCGCACCUGAUAAAAACAGGAUCCAUUCUCUUGAAGAGCAAGUAGCUCAGCUACAAGGGGAGUGUCUAGGCUACCAAAAUUGUGUAGAGGAAGCCGUCACCUUCCUGCUGGACUUAAGAGAUGCUGUCAGUCUAAACCAACAGCAGCAGCACAAGCUGCAGGAGUGGUUUAACAUGACUCGGGAGGUCAGGAAGGCUGCCCUUUCCUCAUUCCGAGGAAGCCGAGGCAUUGGAAACCAGGAGGAAGGACCCCCACACAGCACAGUUCUCCAGCUGAACAGAGAGUUUAAGAAAUACCAGUGCGCUCUAGCUGCUGAUGAAGUGCUGUUCAAUCAGAAGGAGCUGGAAGUGAAGGAGCUGAAGAACCAAGUGCAGAUGACGGUAGAGGAAAACAAAGGACACGCUGUGUCUUUGGAAGAAGCACAAAAAGUGAAUAGGUUACAGGUCUACUCAAGUCCUCCUAUGUGCUCUCUGGAUCAAGUAUUUGCUGGAUUUCGAACACGAAGUCAGAUGCUGUUGGGUCACAUAGAAGAACAAGAUGAAGUCCUCCACUACCAAUUUUCUGAUAAAAGUGAUGAUGAAGAAUCAAAUCAAGAGAAACCUAGAAUUAGAAGUCACUCAUGGGAUAAAAAAACAGGUUCUGUUUGUUCUCUUGAGUUGAAUGAUACUCAGGAUGAAACACAAAACUCAAAUUUGGAGAAUGAAGAUUUAAAGAUUGAAUGUCUCCAGGAGAGUCAAGAGUCAAAUUUGCAAAAGUUAAAGAAUUCAGAACUCAUACUUAAUAAAGUUAAACAAAAAAUGAAUGAACUUACAAUUAACAUCAAGAUGAAGGAAGAUCUGAUUAAAGAACUAAUAAAAACAGGUAAUGAUGCCAAGUCUGUGAGCAAACAGUAUUCUCUGAAAGUGACAAGAUUGGGGCACGAAGCAGAACGGGCGAAAGACGAGCUAACUGAGACUGAAAAGAAGCUGGCAGAGCUGCAGAAAAAAGACCUUUCUGAUGUCGCAAUGAAGAUAAAACUACAGAAAGAAUUCCGUAAAAAGAUGGACGCUGCAAAGCUGAGAGUCCAGGUCUUACAGAAGAAGCAACAGGAUAGUAAGAAAUUGGCAUCACUGUCGAUCCAAAAGGAGAAAUGUGCUAAUGAACUAGAGCAAAAUGUAGAUCACUUGAAGUAUCAAAAGGUACAGCUGCAAAAGAGAUUUCGAGAAGAAAAUGACAAAAGGAAACAACUGGAUGCAGAAAUUAAGCGGGAUCAGCAAAAAAUCAAAGAACUACAAUUAAAGACAGGACAGGAAGAAGGCCUGAAACUGAAGGCUGAGGAUCUUGAUACACUUACCUUGAAAACAAAGAAAAGAUCAUUUGGAAGUAAAGACCAACUCCAGAAAUGGGAUGAGCAGAAGAAAUGGCUGGAUGAAGAAGUAGACAAAGUUCUGAACCAGCGCCAGGCAUUAGAGGAGCUGGAAGAAGACUUAAAGAAACGGGAGGCCAUGCUGUCUAAGAAGGAGGCCCUGCUACAAGGGAAGAGCCAGCUGGAAAGUAAGAAGCUGAGAUCCAGUCAGGCCUUAAACACGGACAGUUUAAGAAUAUCAACUCGCCUUGACUUACUGGACCAAGAGUUGUCUGAAAAGAGUGUGCAGCUCCAGAGUGGUACAGCUGAGGAGAAAAUGAAGAUUUCAGAGCAAGUCCAAGCUCUUCAGAAAGAAAAGGAUCAACUCCAGAGACGAAGAAACAGUGUGGAGCAGAAACUUAAAAACAGUAGCGUGCUGUCCCCUGAAGAGGAGCGUGUUCUUUUCCAACUUGAAGAAGGGAUCGAAGCACUGGAAGCUGCAAUCGAAUACAAGAAUGAGAGUAUCCAGAGUCGCCAGAACUUGCUGAGAGCCUCCUCCCAAAAUCUCUCUCAUAGUGAAGCGAAUGUCUUAGAAAAACUCAUUUGCCUGAGUCCUGUUGAGAUCAGAGCUAUUCUUUUCAGAUAUUUCAACAAGGUGGUUAAUUUACGAGAAGCUGAACGGAAGCAACAGUUAUGGAAUGAAGAAAUUAAAAUGAAAGUUCUGGACCGAGAUAAUAUGAUUUGCGAGUUAGAAUCUGCACUGGAACAUCUGAAAUUCCAAUGUGACCGGAGAUUGACUCUCCAGCAGAAGGAACAUGAGCAAAAGAUGCAGUUGCUAUUGCAUCAUUUCAAAGAGCAAGAUGGAGAAGGCAUGGUAGAACUUUUACAAAUAUAUGAAGAUAAAAUCCAGCAGUUGGAAAAAGACCUUCAUUUCUAUAAGAAAACCAGCAGGGAUCUUAAGAAGAAACUUAAAGAAGUGGCACAGGAAGCAGUUCAGUGGCGACCAGCGUUACCAGAAUAUGAUGAUGCCACAGAUGAAGUCCCAAACUCAGAAGAGGCACCUGUGCUUUCCGAGGAAUUAAAAUGGGCAUCCAGAACUGAAAGUAUGAGCUUAGGUGGAAGAGAGAGAGAAGCCCACACUUCUGGCAGUUUAAGAACACAACCGAAUUCUCAGAAGGGUUGGGAAGAUGUCUCAGAGUUACCUCCAGUUUGUAGCUCUUUACCGCCCUCCAGUGGACACUCGUUAAGCAAUGAAGAUAAAACAGAAAUUGAUGAAAAUCAGCUCGUAAAAUCUCACAGUCGCCCAUCGUACCAAAUUCAGCCAGGAGGAGACAUGGGACAGCUUCACGGGGUCACACCUGUAAAACUGUGCCGCAAAGAACUGCGCCAGAUUUCUGCCUCGGAACUGUCGCUACGACGUUCUAGUCUAGGAGUUGGGGUUGGAUCAGUGACGGCCAGUCCCAGUCAUAGAUCUAGAAAACCAAGUGACUUGAAAACGUAGACAACAGACAAACAAUAGAACUUUUAAUUUAAUAGAUAAUGUAAAAAGAUUCCAUUUUCUGACUUGUUAAAAAAUCAAAGCUCAUGCUUACCAGCUCUUCCAUCAGGAUAAAGGAAGAAGGGACUGAAUGAAUCUUUUUACAUAUUUUGUAAGAGAUAUAUAUCUUCUGUAGUAUAUUUUAUGAAUUUUAGUUUACAUUUCCAUAAUAAAAAAAUUUUCCAAUA